CACAACCGUAUUGUUUGCAUCCGGUGCAUCGGAACAGCAUCUGCGUUUGUUUAGCAAGCUGGACCUAGCUACAUUUCUACACCUGUUUUAUGUAAAGUUUUUUUUUUUACAGAUCGUCAAGGUAUCUGGCUAAAUAACAUCAGAAAUGACUGAGGAUGUGCAAAAGCACUCUGUGCACACGCUCGUGUUCAGGUCCCUCAAGAGAACUCAUGAUAUGUUUGUAGCUGACCAUGCCAAACCAGUCUCCUUGGAUGAAACAAGUCACAAGGUGAAGAUGGCAGCGAAGCUAAGGGCAGACUACAGUGCCGUUCUACACAUGCCCGUUCUGAAAGAGGGCAAGGACAGGCCACUGGGCUCCAACAUGCAUGGCAAUCAGAACUAUGCCCAACCUGGUGAUGAUCCAGAGUACUUGAUAACUGGGACCCACGCAUACCCCUCAGGACCUGGGGUGGCUCUGACGGCGGACACUCAGAUACAUAGGAACCCCAGUAAGGGGGGAGUUCACGCCAUGGCUCUUGCCCUGCCGCCAUCACAAGCCAGGCUGGACGCCAGUCGCACUGCAGCCAGUGUCGGGGACAUUCACAGACACGCGGGGGGGGCAGAGAGGUCUCCCGCUCCUCACUCACACGCUAUGUCUCUUUUGGAAGGAGGCGGCACCAAAAACUCGUCCCUCGUUGCCAGAAAAGCCCCCACUAUGCCCAAGCCCCAGUGGCACGCUCCAUGGAAGCUGUUUCGGGUCAUCAGUGGUCAUCUUGGCUGGGUGAGGUCCAUUGCCGUAGAGCCCGGCAACCAGUGGUUUGUGACCGGCGCUGGCGACAGAACCAUUAAGAUCUGGGACCUGGCCAGUGGGAAGCUAAAGCUCUCCCUGACGGGACACAUCAGCACGGUGCGCGGCGUGGCCGUGAGCACCCGGAGCCCCUACCUGUUCUCCUGCGGCGAGGACAAGCAGGUCAAGUGCUGGGAUCUGGAGUACAACAAGGUUAUCAGGCACUACCACGGCCACCUCAGUGCCGUGUACGACUUGGACCUGCACCCAACCAUCGACGUGCUGGUCACAUGCAGUCGAGAUGCCACAGCCAGGGUGUGGGAUAUCAGGAGCAAAGCCAACGUGCACACCCUGUCCGGACACACCAACACAGUGGCCACAGUCAGAUGCCAGGCCGCCGAACCGCAGAUCAUCACAGGGAGCCACGACUCCACCAUCAGGCUAUGGGAUCUGAUAGCUGGGAAGACCAGAGCCACUCUCACCAACCACAAGAAGUCUGUCAGAGCACUGGCCCUACAUCCCAGACAGUAUACCUUAGCCUCUGGCUCUGCCGACAACAUCAAGCAGUGGACGUUCCCAGAUGGCAACUUCAUCCAGAACCUCUCUGGACACAACGCCAUCAUCAACGCAAUGGCGGUCAACUCAGACGGCGUGCUGGUAUCAGGAGCUGACAACGGCACCAUUCACCUGUGGGACUGGCGGACAGGCUACAACUUCCAGCGUAUCCACGCCGCCGUGCAGCCCGGCUCACUGGACAGCGAAUCGGGGAUCUUCGCCUGCAUGUUCGACAACUCGGAGAGCAGGCUGAUCACGGCCGAGGCCGACAAGACCAUCAAGGUGUACAAAGAGGACGACACGGCGACCGAGGAAAGCCACCCAAUAAACUGGAAACCGGAGAUCCUCAAGAGGAAAAGAUUCUAGUUUUGCAACAAACAAAAAAAUACAUUAAUUCAUUUCUGUUGUCAAUAUUCCCAUCAAUAGAACUCCCAUAAUUUUUUAAAGAAGAAUAUUCGCACAAAAACUAGUUGGCUUUUAUUUUUACAAUAAUUUUGGGGGUUUUCAAUGUACUCCUUAUUCUAAGUACCAUUUUGCAAUCUUCAAUGUACAAUGUAAGUCCAACAAAGCAGCCAUUUUGGACAGCCAAUAGCCUUCCAGAAUGUUUGUUCUUGAUGAUGAAUGCUCUCUCAUAUCUCUGGUCACUCUCAUCCACCAUAAGAAGCCACUUCUCAGCUCCGUAAGAGCUCGCCUUAGCUUACACAUAGUCCCCACUCGGGUCAAAUCCAGUAAAUAUGUGGAAAAUUCAAGAUUUUCUCAUCAUUCGAAAGAUUUUCUUUUAUUUCUUUAUUUCAGAAACACCAACUGUAUAUACAAGAGAAAUGUAAUUUGUUGUGCAAUCUGGUGUAUGAAAUAAAUCACUGUAUGAUUAACAGAACCAUAAAAAAAACCAUGUUGCAUCUCAUUUUGAAUUCCCGUGAAGCGUGACUCACCCAUGUAACCAUUGGUGACAACAUUCCCAUAGUGUUUGCAGCUGUUUCUAUUGAUCUCCCAGUGUCCGUUAUCUCCUGGGUGGUCCUGGAUCUAAACCGUAUUCCUGGUUUCACUGAUAACAUGGAACUUCUGCUCACCUGUUAGACAAAGCAUAUGUACACUGUAACAAAACUACUUUAUACGGUAAUUUGGGGUAUUAUCAACAGUAAAAUACUCUGUUUUACUGUAGCAUACUGUAAUUUAUGGGCCAUUGUGGGAAAAUGGUGUGGGCGGGGAAAUAAUUGUUCUAUUUUGAGUGGUACUGUAAUUCCAACCCACAGAAUACAGUACCCGUACUGUAUCAUUGGGAGUGCCAAAAAUGGUAUUGUUGUUUCUGGCUUAUUAACAUAUUUUGAGGCGUGCUUUGUAAGAGGCUAUAUUGCACCUGUGAGUGAGAAUGCUGUACCAAUUUAAGUCCUAUGUGGUUAUAGUGCCCCAUUUAAUUUAAAAUGUAUAGGGGAUAGAUUGGACUGGGUCAAGUCUUAAACCUAGAAUGGUUGCACAUUUUGCCAUGUCCUUUUGCUCUGUUUUCCCCUGUAGUCGCUGCCAGUUUGGAAGCUUCCAGAAGUGCAAGUGUUAUAAGACACCGAAUAUUCAUUAAUAUGCUGUAAUGUGUAAACACUUUACCUAGCAGCCAACCUGCUAGCACCAACCCCUUGUAAUUACAGUAAACCAUUUUUUUCAUUCA